CGGGGGCGUUGUAACGAUAGCGCGGAGACUGACGGGACACGUUGCCCGAGUCGCUGGCAAUCGCGUCGGCUCGUCGCCAACCGGGAAGAAGCCGUCGGAGAGCAACGAAGACUGACGGAACGAGCAUAGAGAAAGGAAUCGAACGAGCCCGAAGCCUUGCGGAGGAUUGGAUGACCUUUUUUGCAGCAACACUUUCAAAGGGAUCGACACUUCACGUCGUACUAGCGUUGCUGCCUGCUUAGCGAGUGCCCGCGGGAGCUGGACGCAGUGAGCUACCUGCCAAGAUGGGGGCCACUAAUUCCAGGGCUUCUUCAGAAGAUACGACCCCUCCAGACCGUCCCAGCGACGAAACGCGAAGCCCAGGCUUGCGAACGGGCGGUCCUGUGGAUUUCGACACCUCGAGGCAUCUUCAGGCACGAUGCUUCUCUUCUGGAGACUGUGUAAGAGUGACCGACGACCUUCAGAAGAUGAAGAUACUUCAGCUCGGCCACGGCGGAUUUGUUGACUCUAUGAGAAGGAGCCUUGGGCAAAUUGGUGCCGUGAUUCAUGUAUUCGAGAGCCGCGACGUGCGGGUGCUAGUCGAUGGCGCUAUCUGGAUUUUCAACCCUCUCUGUCUGACUCUAGUGAGACGGAAUACGAGCGCAGAAAUCAGUUCAGUGCUGAGAAUUGGAAGCGGCAGGGAUGCUUCUGAUGAGCUCGCUGAGCAGCUCAUCCGCAGGCUGAGGACCUCGUUGGACGGUGCACUUGGAUUAGAGAGCACUGGCAGCAGCACAUCUUCGAAGUAUUCUGUCGGUCAAAAGGUGAAGAUCUGCGGUGACGUCGCAAGAGUGAUGUUGUUGCAAAGAGGCCAUGGAGGCUUUAACAGCGGCAUGGCUCCUGCACUUGGGCGAGUCGGCAGAAUUGUCGGGAUCGACUCUGAUGGCGACCUCAGGGUCAAGUGCGGUAGUCUAUCCGCUUGGUGCUUCAACCCUGAUCUCGUGGAGGCCGUGUCGGAUGAAGAUGCGGAAUCCGGCGACUCCGAUUCUGAUGAUAUUUCCACAGAACUUCAGCGUAUGAUGCGGCAACUACUUGGAGUUCAGUCCGGAGAGGACAGUGGAGGCGGAAGUGCACAACUAAAGCUGACACCUCUGCAAUCUGCCUGCUUCCAAGGCCAGGAGUCUGUGGUCAAUAUGUUGAUAGCGACCGGCGCAGACCUAAAUGAAGGGGACAAGGAUGGUGACACAGCGCUACAUUAUGCUGUUUACGGUGACAAGCCAGAAAUACUGGAGUUACUAGUGAACUUCGGCGCCGAUGUCAAUGCUAGGAACAAGAAAAUGUACACGGCUAUUCAUGUCGCAGUCAACAAGGAGCAUGUAGCAUGUGUGCGGGUCUUGACCAAGUACAUUGGUCAGCUGGACGUAAACACUCAGGAUGAAUAUGGGGACACGCCACUACAUGACGCUAUAGGAAAGCAGAACCAGGAGAUCGUUGAUCUGCUCGUGGACUUCCCUACCGUGAACUUUACCAUCACGAACAAGCGCAGCUUCAACUCAUUCCAUCAAGCCGCCUUAAAAGGAAACACGCAUGCAACGGAAAGGAUCCUUUCCAAGAAGCCAGAGCUUGUGGACUUGAAGAAAAAGGACGGCUACUGUGCUCUGCAUCUAGCGGCAGUCAACAACUACUGUAGCCUCGCGAAAAUCUUGCUGACGAAGGGCCACUGUACUGUUGACCUAAAAAACAACGAACAACAAACGGCACUCCUGCUUGCCGUGUACAAAGGCUACUGCGACAUUGUUGAACUGCUAGUCGAUGCCGGCGCGAACAUCAACGAACCAGACGCGGACGGCGACACUCCCAUGCACGUGAGCCUGAUGAGACGAUCGGAGAUCAAGGUCCAGUCUCUCAGUUCCGUCAUAGCGCCGGCAACGAGAAUGAUCGCGAGUGAACUUCUCCAGUCUCGCACUCCGGGCGUGGACGGCGACCUGGCGUUGGCCUGCUUUCUGGCAAACAGGGGCGGGGAUCUCCACCGGAAGAACAAAGCCGGACGGACGCCCCUGGAUAUGGCUGGAGGCAUCAAAUGCGUCGAGCUGCUUUUAAUUUGGAAGACUCAAGAAAGCACGCAGGAGUCAUCGGGCCCACAGCGAACAAACGGCGGAGCGACUGCAAGCGCCGAGUCGGCAGAUGGAAAGUGCAAAAUAUGCCUUGACACUCCCGCCAAUGUGUGGUUCGAACCUUGCGGCCAUCGCCUGUAUUGUGCGGAAUGCUGCCAGCGCAUGAAAUGUUGUCUGACCUGCGGUGUACGCGUUACAGGGAAAGUUUCGGAUGCUGUAAGACCCGUACUCAGCGACGACCGAAGGAAGCUAGAGUCCAGGCUGAAACAACUGGAAGAGUCCAAUACCUGCGGAAUCUGCAUGGAACGGCCGCGCAACGUGGCUUUUCUAUGCGGUCAUACCUCUUGUGCCACCUGUGCCGAAAAUCUCAGCGUCUGCCACAUGUGCCGUAAACCCAUCUCCAAGAAGAUCACCCUGUUCUAGAGUUCUAGAAAAAAAAUAUGGACGCCGUUGAAAUAGGAGAACGAGCAGGCGGAUCUUGUUGGCUAUAGGUCAACAACGCCUGCCUUUGCAGAUACAAUUAAACAACGAACGCCAAUCUGUGUACACCAGCCAGCUCUAGUAUAAAUAAACAACGCCUUCUAGAGCGACUGACAUCUGUGAAGAACAGGUCUUGUUGUUUUGCUGCGGCUGUCUCCGGAUUACUAGCGGUGUCUCUCCUAUCGUUUAAUUAUCCCAGCAAUCUGAGAAGGUUGCCUUCUGAAGUCCCCGCUAUCCCAAAAUUGUAGCUAAAAAUAAUAUCGAAGAACGCGGAGCGAAAGAACACUUCAAAAAAUUGAAAAUCAGCGUCUCACAAUCUCUCAUAGUACAAGAAACACACACUACGCGCAAUUACCGAGAAAUGGACACAAAGCUAUAUGCACACCACGCGUAAUCCAGAGUCAACCCGUGAGUAUUCAUGCCGAAAUAGUUUCGCCUGAGCAUAGUGUGAAAAUUUUUCAGUAUGGGGUUUUUCAAUUCGCCGCCAAUCAGCUAUACAAUCUUCCACCACGCCCGUACCCAUUGGUUUCAUUGGUCACCAGCACCACUCCCUCUCCGUUCUCGAUCUCUACCGCGAUGUCGCCUCCCCUCCCCUCUACCACGCCGACCGAUUGCGGGUGCCUUUCUCGCUAGGCCGCCACCAAUGGCUCUGCCUGGGUUCAGUGAAACGACAGGUGUAAAGCCGUGAGGGCCACUGUACAUGUAAUCGUGAAUGUGCCUCCGGUUCGUUGGGUCGCUCAAAACUCGGGAGGGCGACAACCACACCCGAGUCUGAGGUCUGGAGGUGCAACCGAAGUCGCUCCAUAAUGCAAGAAGUAAGGUUUCAGUCAUAUGACAACCUGCGUGUACUGUUUUCGCAAAGGAAUUGCACUCGGUGUAUUGGGCGUUCUUGCUAUCGUGUUCGAGCGCACUCCCUACGAACAGCACUCAACCUCAGUUGUGGUAGCGCUGCAAACGGCCACAGUCGCUGCACCAAAAAACGCGCGCAAAAAAAGUCAGUAUAAAGGAAAAUAUUUUUCUGAAUUUACGUGGUUGAACAUUAAAAAAAAAGGUUUUGCAAGAAAAUCUUUCCACCAAGAAACGCUGAUAGCUUCAGAUGGGAAAAAGACAGACACCUUUCUGUUCAUGUUGCCCGCUACAAACCUGUUCUUGCAAAGUGCAUCCAACGAGCUGAGGCAAACACUAUUCCAAGGGAAGUUCUUUCUCGCAGUUAUGAUUGAAAGAGGAGCGUGGCUAAGCUUUGAAACACAGUUAAUGUGGUCGAAAUGAUGUAUUUUUUACGGAAGCUUUGGAAUGAGCAGAAAGAAAGCCAUGGUGCCAUAUGAUUAAAUAAAUAUUUGGAACGCAGAAAAUGCAGUAUACUGCAACGCAGUGUUUCUAGUGAGCCACAGUCAGAUUUAAUUAAGAGAAGGCUACGCGGUUAAUUAGAUGCGAGCUUUCUUUUUCCCUUUAACUUUUUUUUCUUAACCAUUAUAUGCAAGUCUAGCUGAUUACGACACGUGCCAACGUUUUGAAAACGUUAUGUGCUUCCGUGAAGUCUUGAUAACCGAGAUAAAGCGCUGUCCGAGCGGAUUUUCAAUAAGGAGUUGAUUGUCAUGUUUUUUCGGCUAUAUUGGCCCGAAGUGUACCGCUCGCUAUCACUGUAAAUGGUUUUAUCGUGUUCAUGUGAACAUUCACAUCCUGUCAGUGUAUACGAUUACAGUAAUUUCAUUAUUCCUUGAUGCUUUUUGAUCUGGCGUGACAUUGCAUUGUUUUUCUAUUAUUGUUUGUGUGUGUUUGGGGGGGGUGGUGCGUAACUUAGUCAAUUGAUAAAGUUUUGCCCAAAACGUUUGUUUGACCACCUCUAGCCAAAAGCAAUGUUACGUUGAGCAACCAAUUAUUUUUGUAUGUGUCCCUCUCAAACAGCAUUUGUUUGUAUGGCUUUUGAAUUACGCUUCGUUGUUGUCACAAUAUGUCUCGCUGGUCUGUUGCCUUAACUGCAUCCUUUCUUUCUUUGUCUUCAAAUUUGCUGUCGAUUUUUCUCCAUUUGUUGUUUAUUCACUGCAGUGAAAUCGGUAGGCUGCACCAUUGUAAAGCUUGUUUUCUUGUUUGAUGUUCUUGCACCAUAUUCCCACACGGAGAAGCAAAUGUUUAAUGUAUAUGUUAACGUGGGGCCAAAUAAAUAUUUCUCCUUGUUGCUGCGAGA